ACACAAAAAAAGACUCCGGGGAAGAAGCCAAGUUAGUGACAUGCAUUGAUGUUACAUGAAUGCAUGUAUCCUGGUUAUGUACCUGGAUAAGACCUUUUCCUGGUUUUGAUAAACCUUGAUGUACUUCCUGGAGUAUUCCGAUAGAAACGAGAAUACUGCCACAUGUAAACACCUCAUCCAAGUUUCUGAACCAUCUCAUAGUGGCUGAGAUGGUGAGAAAUCAAGACACACCUGCAGGCAGACCAUCGGAAACCUGGAUACUGUAAUGAUCAUGCAUACAGGGAUAUGAAUAACCAGGUUUUUCAUGUUCCAUAUGCUGAAUAUAAUCAAAAACAAUAUAAGACUCAAAACCAGGAUACUAAUGCACAUGUAAGCACACUCAGAAUGAAAUAAAGGUAAAGCACCUGUUCCAAAUAGACUUCCUAGUGAAUUUUACCAAACAUGUAUAAAGAUCACAGACCUGCUAACCUCAGUGUUUAAUGCUGGAAUCAAGAGAGAGGCAAACUAUACAGCUCCUUUUAUCAUGGAGUCAUAUCACUAAUUUAUAAGAAAGGAGACACACAUGAAAUAGAUAAUUGGAGACAUUGCACUCAUGACUGCAGAUUAUAAAAUAUCUGCAAAAAUAGUUAUAAAUUGAAUACAUGAUGCCCUAGCACAAUAAACUGAAAAAGAACAAACACGUGCUAUCGAGGGAAGGCUGAUGGGGGAUAAUUUAGUCUCACUGAAAGAUAUAAUCAGUAAUACUUCUGUGGAACAAUUUUUCAUUAUAGGCCUGGACCAAAAGAAAGCCUUCGAUUUUAUAUCUUGAGAAUAUCUGUGGGAGGUGUUAAAAGCACAUGGUUUUAAUCAAGAUUUCAUUAAUGUAGUUAAGUUGAUGUAUGCUUUAUCUACAGUUCAGGUCAAUGUUAACGGAGUUUUAACAGAAAAUUAUGAAAUUAACAGAGGUGUCAAAGAAGGUUGCUCUUUAUCAGCUGCCCUCUAUGUUUUAGCUAUAAAUCCAUUUAUUGAAGAGAAUUAAGGAUGACAACAGGUUGAGUGGAACCAGAACUGGUAAUGAAGAGUUUGAGUAGUUUUAGCUUAUGUUGAUGACAUUACUGUUAUAAUUAAGAACCAAAAUGAACUUCACAUAGUGAAUGAACAGCUAUAUGAAGAGGUGUCUGGUGCAAAACUAAACCAUAACAAAACAGAAGGAGUGUGGUUUGGCAGGUGUUGGUUUAAUGUAAAUGUAAACUAUAAUGUAUUGAUGUAUGCUGGUGUAUCAUUUUAAUGUUAUAAUCACUAGUUUUUAAUUAAUAUAUUCUGUUGGUUGUGGAAAUACUACUUGGGGUCACAUUGCUCACUACUGCCCUCCUCGGUUGGUAUAACAGCGGGGGGAAGGACAGACAAUUGAAAAGGUGUUCUGUCAAUAUGUGGAUUGACUUCUUCAACUCAGGAUAUUGAAACAUGUGGAGUGAAUUGGGUGAACUGGUCGCAGUAGUAGCUUUAUUGUGCAAAUGUUAAAGUACAUUUAAUCCCUAAUAGAGAAACACGUACCAAACUUCAUUUAAAAAGCCAUAUAUUUAAAUUGGCUGUGUGCGUAAGCCAAUAUGAUCACACGGAGAACAUGAAAAAAGAUAUUUUCUGGGAUCAAUAUGAUCAUCUGAUAUAUUCGGCAUAUAAAUGCUGCAGAAAACUGCUCGUAAAGCGCGUUGGUGCAAAAGACUAACCAGCGAUUCAAAUCUGUAAAUGAACAUUUAUUUAGAUAGAAGUUAUAGCACUCUAUUGGCUAUGUGUACGAAUUUUACGACGGUUGCUGUAUUUUGACGAUAUCUAAUAAAGUAGAUUUUUUUUUUUUCGCCGCAGAAGACAAUGUUGUGGGGAGGUUACAUCACGUGAAUGGACGUACACAAACAAAACCCCACUCCGCCCUUACAGCCAAUAAAAACACACUAUUAUACGCCUGACCAAUCAAAAUAGAAGCCAGCAACAACAUAUUUCCACUACCAACCAAUCCUGAGAGGAGGAGGUGUGACGUAGCGCUGUCAGCUGUUCUUGUUUUGCUUCUUUUUCCCCCGUCUUUUGCUCCAGGGUCUGAAUAACCGACCUCCUGAAAUAACCACACUGAAACGGGAUUUAAAUUCAUCUAAAGCGGAGAUAACCUCCGGCUCUGCCCCGAGUGCUUAUUCACACAUCAGCUGCGGACACAUUUCUUCCAAAUUGGAGCCGUCUUCCGCCGACAUCGAGCGAAGAGGUGCAGCCGAUCCCAGGCCUCCAAUCCAGGGCGGAGGGAGGGAAGGAGGUCGCUGGGAAUCGGGAUGGAGACCGGAGAGGGUGCUGGCGGGCCUGGCGGACCGGACGGACAGGGGAUCCGGUUUGGCUGCGCCUCUUUCAACCAAGACUCCACGUCACUGGCUUUGGGAACAAAGACCGGCUACAAGCUGUUUUCUCUGACCAUGGUGGAAAAACUGGACUGCAUCCAUGAGAGUGCAGAGACUCCAGAUGUCUACAUUGUGGAGCGUCUGUUCUCCAGCAGUCUGGUCGUCGUGGUGAGCACUGCCAUGCCGCAGCGCAUGAACAUCUACCACUUUAAGAAGGGGACCGAGAUCUGCAACUACAGCUACCCCAGCAACAUCCUGUCUGUCAAGCUCAACAGACAGAGGCUUGUGGUGUGCCUUGAAGAGUCCAUUUAUAUCCACAACAUCAAAGACAUGAAGCUACUCAAGACUCUGCUCAACACUCCGUCCAACCCCUCAGGUCUCUGUGCUCUUUCUAUCAAUCAUUCCAACUCCUACCUGGCAUACCCUGGCAGUGCCACCAUCGGGGAGAUCAUAGUGUAUGAUGCCAACAAUUUGAGCACAGUGACAAUGAUCCCAGCUCAUGACAGUCCUCUGGCAGCUCUCACAUUCAACGCCUCGGCCACCAAACUUGCCAGCGCCUCCGAGCGGGGCACCGUCAUCCGAGUGUUUUCCAUUCCUGAGGGCCUGCGUCUGUUUGAGUUCCGCCGGGGAAUGAAGAGGUACGUCAAUAUAAGCUCUUUGUCCUUCAGUCCUGAUGGCCAGUUCCUCUGUGCUUCCAGCAACACAGAGACAGUGCAUAUCUUCAAACUGGAGCAACUGGGACCGAGUGGAGAAGACGAGGCUGCCACCUGGUCAGCCUACGUGGGGAAGAUGUUCUCAGCAGCCAGCAGCUACCUCCCUGCUCAGGUAUCCGGAAUGAUGAGCCAGGACCGGGCCUUCGCCACCGUUCACCUCCUCACAUCUGGCCAGAGGAACGUCUGCACCCUAGCUAUGAUCCAGAAGCUUCCGCGGCUGCUGGUGGCCACGGAUGAUGGCCAGCUGUUCAUCUACAAUGUGGAUCCACAGGACGGAGGCGAAUGCAUGUUGGCGCACAAACACAGGCUCUUUGGUGUUGAUGAUGACCAGGAUGAAGGUACAGAGUCAGAAGGGUCAGAGGUCACAGGGCCAGCACAGGCAUAUCCAUCCUAUGCUGCAACCGCUGCCUUACCAGCCACUGGUCCUGUCACUGCAACGCUUACUGGCUACUCUGAAGAUGGCGGCGCAGUGAAAGGCGAAGUCAUCCCAGAACACGAGUUUGCUGCUGGACCUGUUUGUCUGGACGAUGAGAACGAGUUUCCUCCUAUUAACUGGUGCCGCGACGGGACUGGAGAUGGCCAGGGGAGGCGCUCGUGAGUGGGUAGAAGGACAAACAGACAGACAGGCACCAGCGAGAGAGAUGAGCAGCAAAAAAAAAAAAAAAAAAAAAAAGAACAAGUCUUUCAGGGUGCCAAGUUAUUUUUUCAUUUAGAGAGAAAAUAACAUUGAUUGACGUUAACGUUGACAUGGGAAACAAGACACUGAUCAAGAAGUAGAUUUCAUGUAGUAGUUUCAGAGUGAACCACAGUCUGGUCCUCAUGUUACACAAUGGUUGUUUUAAAGGUACACUUCUGAUUUUGUCAGAGCACCAACAGUAGUCCCAAAGCUCCUCCCAGCUUAUGAUUGAGUUUCAAAACAAUAACUGGGAAGAUAUUUUGAAAAUUUUUGUUGCUGUUGGCUACUUCAAAAAAAUCAGAGGGUUUAUCUUUAAGGAGUGUGUUAUGAAUAUAUGAGGUGCAUGCUGGAGCAGAAAUAUAACCACAGUUUUCAUAGCUCUAUUACUUGACAAAUAUUUUAUUAAGUUGCAUUAUUGUAGCAACAUUUUUAUUUUUCUUAUUAAUAAUAUCUUAGUUACGUCCAUGAUAAAGAAUAUAAUUGUUUUCAAUUUUAUUCUGCAUUGUAUUUUACUGCAUUGACAUGUAUUAAAUGUUUAUGCCUUCUGGAUAGAGUUCAGGAGGUGUGUAUGUACUGUAUGUUUGUGCCUAUCAUCGUUUGUAAAAGAGCAAAGUAUUUUGCUAAUUGCACAAGACCAAACAACUGAAAGAAACAAAGAAAUAAAUAAGUAGAGUGGAGUAAGAA